AUGGACGAGCUGCCCAUACUGAAGCACAAGAAGGAAAUAAAGAAAUGCAUCAAGAGGAACAGGUUAAUAAUUAUUAAGGGGGAGACCGGGUGCGGGAAGACAACCCAGGUGCCUCAAAUAAUAAACAGGUACUUUUUUGAAAAGAGGGGGAAGAGGAAGAGGGGCAGUGGCGAUGGGAAUGAUGGCAACUCCGCCGCUUCGCAAAAGAAGCCCCCCAUGCGCAUGCUUAUCUCGCUGCCCAGGAGAGUAGCAACCAUCACGGUAGCGGAGAGAGUGGCGAAAGAAAUGAACAGAGGAAGGAUAGGAACGUACGUAGGAUAUGCCAUCCGAUUUAAAAAUGUAACAUCAAAUGAAACUAGAAUAAAGUUUGUGACAGAUGGGAUCCUCAUUAGGGAAAUUAUGAAUGACCCUUUUUUAAAAAAAUAUAAUUUUUUAAUUUUGGAUGAAGUACAUGAGAGGUCUAUUAGGACGGAUGUCCUGUUGGGUUACAUUCGAGUGCUAAUGGGGAAGAGGAAGAAGCUGAGGAUCAUCCUCAUGUCUGCCACUUUGGAUGUGGACACUUUUAAAAACUUCUUUGGCGACCCGCCCAUCAUUUGCAUCCCCCACAAGCUGCACCCCGUCAGCAUUUUCUACCCCAUCCGGCCCGUGGAGGACUACCUCAUUUCGGUGGUGUGCACCGUCCUGCAGAUUCAUUUCGGGCAGGGGGAGGAGCGGCAGGGUGAGCUGAGGGGUGAGCAGGGUCAGCAGCGGGAUGACCAAGCGGCGGACCAACCGGUGGAUCCCCCAACAGAGCUCCCCACCGCGGCCCCGCCCCCCAUCGGAGACGUGCUCGUCUUCCUGCCCGGCCAGGAAGAAAUCGAAGUGGUAAACCUAAUGCUGAGGGAAAAGCUGAAGAUCAUUUACAAGGGCUCCCUACUGCGAAAGCUGAUUGAGGACGGUCAGGGGGGGGAGGAGGAAGAAGGAGGGAAGGGAGAAGAAGGGGAGGUGCUGGACAAAAUUAACGUCGCCCUGAAUGCGAAGAACCCCAUGGAGGAUGGCGUUUGCUUCCACUUCGGCCACAGGGAGGUGGUGCCGGACAAGAUAUACGCCAUGAAGAUUCUGCAGCUCUACUCCUCCCUCCCGAAUAGGAAGCAGCGGGUCGUCUUCGAGCCCGCGCCGCCCAACACGAGGAAGGUCAUCCUCAGCACGAACGUCGCCGAGACGUCAGUGACCAUCCCAAACAUAAAGUACGUGGUGGACAGCGGGCGCGUGAAGAUAAAAUUCUUCGACGCGAAGAAGGGGAGCAGCGUUUUGAAGGUCACGCAGAUAUCGAAGGACGCCGCCGCUCAGAGGAGUGGGCGAGCCGGGCGGGAGGCGCCCGGGCAGGUCUACCGCGUGUACUCCAAGGAGGACUACGAGGGCAUGAACCCCUUUCUGAUUCCCGAGAUUUUCCGCUCCGACCUCACGCAGAUAUACUUGGAGCUGAAGGCCAUGAACGUGCCGAACCCGCUGCAGUUUAACUUCCCGGAGAACCCCAAGAAGGAGCUGCUGCUGCACUCCGCGAAGGUGCUCUUCCGAAUCAACGCAAUCGACGUGCACAACAACCUCACCGAGCUGGGCAAGAAGAUGUGCCUCCUCCCACUCAGCCCCAUUUACGCAAACAUGAUGUUGUGUUCCGUGGAGCUCCACUGCAUGGACGAAGUGGCCACCAUCGUGGCCUUCCUAAACUGCGAGAGCAUAUUCUUGAAUUACAACUUUUACGACGAUUUGAAGGUCCUGGGGGAGGAUUCGGCGGGGGGGGGCGCCGCCAACGUGGGUGGUGCUAACCCGGAUGGUGCUAACCCGGAUGGUGCUAACCCAGAUGACGCCCCCCCCGACCCGCCGCUAACCGAAAAGAACAAACUCAUCAACGUGGCGCGGAGGAAGCUGAUGCACCCGGAUGGAGACCACCUCACCCUCCUGCACAUUUUUUACCUGUGGCAGGAAGAGGCCACCCCCAACGAGCGAAAAUAUUUCUGCAGUUUAUAUGCCCUCAAUAAUGAAACAUUACAGCAGGCACAAAAAAUAAAAGAGCAAAUUUUACAAAUAAUGAUUAGCAAAAUGGGUAUUUCAGUCUCUCCAAAGCUACACAUGCAUAAGUGGGACCAAGUGCUAAUCUGUCUGUGCAAGUCCUGUUUUUUUAAUGUGGCCAGAGCGACUUCCAAGGCGAAUGAAUUCAUUAAUGUGGUAACGAAAACCAAGUUGCAGAUCCACCCGUCCUCUACUCUUUUUAGCUCGCACAUCAAGCCCUCCUUCAUUUUUUAUUCCGACGUAGUGCAGACGAAGCGGCUGUACGCGCGCACUGUCACGAAGGUAGAGGGGGACUGGCUGCUCAAAUAUGCCUCGCAAAAUUUUAAACUUGCGCAGGCCUCCACGGGGGUGGCGGUGGAAAAGGAGCCCCCCGCGAAGUGA